UUGACAUUUACUGUAGGCCUAGUAGUGCAUAGCUUGCGUUUGAUAGGGCGACAUUCCCAAGUUGGAACAAGUCAGUGUAGCUCGCUUCCAAAAUGGAUUACUUUUAAAGUUGCUAACAAGAUCACAUGAUUCUUGGUAGAUAUAGUUCUGUUGGAAGUUUCGAUGUGGUUUAACGAGGCCAAAUGAGUAUAGCACAAGAUAUGGCAAGUGCGGUCGAAAUUGAUCCCCUGGCUGUUCCUGUGAAAGUGAGAAAGCACGAAAGUGGCAUUGGUUAUGGACUGACAGGAAAUAAGCAUGUUAUGGACCUUGCGUUCGGAUUUGGGGAUGCACAUAAACCCGUGUCCGCAACAGAAGAUUGCAAGAAUAAAACCCCGAGAAUGCCUAGUACGCUUGAUGAUUUUGCUGUCAUUUCCACAAUAGGCUCUGGGUCAUAUGGGACAUGUCGCAAGAUCAGACGUAAAAAAGAUGGAAAGGUGUUGGCAUGGAAAGAGAUGGACUAUGGGUCGAUGACAGAGUCAGAGAAACAGAUGUUGGUGUCGGAGGUGAACCUACUGCGUGAGCUGCGCCACUCCAACAUUGUACGAUAUUAUGACCGCAUUAUUGAUCGCAGUAACACCACCAUCUACAUCAUCAUGGAGUACUGUAACCGUGGCGACCUCGCCACCCUCAUCACUAGGUGUCGCCGUGAUGAAGUUUAUAUGGAUGAAGAAUUUGUGUGGAAGAUUUUAGUACAGAUCACCAUGGCAUUGCAGGAAUGUCACCGGCGUAAAAAUGGCAAGGCCGUGCUGCACCGUGAUCUGAAGCCUGCUAACAUUUUCCUUGACUCGGAUGACAAUGUCAAACUGGGUGAUUUUGGUCUUGCCCGAGUAUUACACCACGAAACAAGCUUUGCUAAAACCUAUGUAGGAACGCCAUAUUAUAUGUCACCAGAGUUAGUAAACAACAUGUCAUACAAUGAGAAGUCUGAUAUCUGGUCCAUGGGCUGUAUCCUGUAUGAACUCUGUGCCCUCCGGCCUCCUUUCACAGCAUCCAAUCAACAUGAACUUAAUAAAAAAAUCAGAGUUGGUGACUUUGUGCGGAUACCAAACAAAUAUUCUGAUGGACUCAACAGUGUCAUAGCAAAAAUAAUCAGAGUAGAGGUUCACCAAAGGCCAACCAUUGACGAAGUACUGAAUGACCCUCUGGUGAUGAGGAAGCAGUCAAGUUUGGGCCUCGACAGAAACCAACACGAGGAAGGUCGACGUGACUCACGCCCAAGGUUGUCCAGCCCAGAGUCAAGGUCACAAAAGGAGUGGGAGGAAGAUCUGCGGAUCAAAGAGCGAAAAUUGGACUCAAGAGAGAGAGAUCUCGAUGACAGAGAAAACCGUAUUUCUUUGAAAGAAAAGCUUCUGGAAGAAAAAAUGAAAAGGGCAGAGAUGCUGAUCAGGGAAUUUGGUCGGAAAGGCAGUGUUGACAAAGAAAUGUUUCAAGCAGGGGAUGCAGACUUUUCAAUGGAGAGUAGGUCCUCUUGUCUGUCCAAAGGGAAGAAGGAUCCAGACACGCCAAAGAAAAAAGUCACAUUUGACAUGUACGGAAAAGAGAAUUGUAGAAAUAAAUACACUGUGCCAUCUACAGAUACUUACUUAUCCACUUUCACAGACCUAGAAGGCGACUAUAAUGACUUAUAUUUGAAUGAGCUUGCAAAACGGAGGGAAUUAAAGGAAAAACUGUUUAAGGCAAAAGCUAGAGCUAUGGAAAUAAGAGGAAUUGAAGAUGACAUAAGACCUCGGGCUAAAAAUUCCAAUCUGUUGUUCUUUAGAUAAUGAUAGUUGUUAUUAGUAUAUACCAUCUGAAUUGAAAUGUGUUAUAUUAUAACACUCUCAAAAUAAAGACAAAUUCAUACCUCACCUGUACAUUUACUAGAAACAUCAAAUACGAUUGUUACAGUAUUACCUUAUAUUUAUGUUUGCUGUUAGAUUUUAGUCCUGCAUAUAUAAUGCAGUGCUGUUUUAGUACUAUACAAAGGUUCUGUUUUAUUAUUAUGUUGAUGUAAAACAUUUCACCUUUGUGCCCUCUGUUGAAGGGCUCAUUAUAAUAAUAGUAAUUUGUUUUAAUGAUUAUUCUUAAACUUCAAACAUGAGUAAUUCAACACAUUCCAUAUGUUUUAUGGUAUGUGAUUUACAGCUAUUGUAUAUUGUACAUUCCAGCUAUAGCUGGCUCUGUUUUACAUGUAAUUUGUUUAUAUAGUGAACUAUUUUAACUGAUCUCAGUGAAUAUUACAGAAUAGGAAACAAAAAGGAUUAUUCAUUUUAAUUAUAAAAUUAAUAUAAUUUUUAAUAUGAACUUAUACAUCUAAUGGCUGUCAUUUUAUGCUAAAUUCAUGUGUCAGCUAUGAGUAUCAGCUUUAUUGUGUUUGUGUAUACGGGCGACUACAGGGACAUUAGAUGGUAUGGUAACAGGCUAGUGUGUGUGUGUUACUACAGGGAAAUUAGAUGGUGUACAUGUGAUAAUUAACAGGCUAGUGUGUGUGGGUGACAACAGGAAAAUUAGAUGGUGUGGUAACAGGCUUGUGUGGUGGGUGACUACAGGAAAAUUAGAUGGUGUGGUAACAGGCUAGUGUGUGUGUGUGGGUGACUACAGGAAAAUUAGAUGGUGUGGUAACAGGCUAGUGUGUGUGUGUGGGUGACUACAGGAAAAUUAGAUGGUGUAGUAACAGGCUAGUGUGUGUGGGUGACUACAGGAACAUUAGAUGGUGUGGUAACAGGCUAGUGUGUGUGGGUGACUACAGGAACAUUAGAUGGUGUGGUAACAGGCUAGUGUGUGUGGGUGACUACAGGAAAAUUAGAUGGUGUAGUAACAGGCUAGUGUGUGUGGGUGACUACAGGAAAAUUAGAUGGUGUGGUAACAGGCUUGUGUGUGUGGGUGACUACAGGAAAAUUAGAUGGUGUGGUAACAGGCUUGUGUGUGUGUGUUACUACAGGAACAUUAGAUGGUAUGGUAACAAGCUAGUGUUUGUGGGUACUGAGAAAUAAAGUAGUGUGUGUACCUGGUAAAGAAGUGUUAAUUCAGUAAAUUGGUAUAGUGCUAGCUGGAAUAGCAUAUAAGUUACCGGGUAAGGGAGUGUUAACUGUGUAAAGAAGUGCUAGCUGGUAUUAUAAAUAUCAUAAACUUUGUCUCAUGAUUUGUAGAGAAAGAAACUUCUGUGAUUUCUAUUUACCUUAAUUUAACUUAUGUUGUAUAAGUAGCAGGUAACAUUGAGGUUCAGAUUAUAUCCCUGUACUUACAACUUUACAGAAAUACCUGUAUACAAGCUUGAUUGUGUUACCUUUAUGGGAGAUAUGCCUGUUCUGUCAGGCAGAAUAUAUUGUUAUAAUAAUUAUUAUUAGAUAAGUUUUAAUUUCCACAAUUCUACUGAUCAGUUUGAAGCAAAAGGGAAGGUUUUUUUGUUGCAGAAUUUAUUUAAAUGACUCCAUUUUCAAUGUACUAUCAACUUUUUACUCAUUUUUUUUGCAAUUUGAUUUUAUCCCUUGAAAUAACAACCUUUGCAGUGGUUGUAUCAUAGAAGAUGCCUUUACAAAUCUUCUAAUAUACCCAAAUGAAUUAUGCAUAUAAACAUUAAUAUACGAUAAGAGUGAAAAUAUAGUUUUGAAUGUGCAUCACCUGAACCGUCCAUUAUAUAUCAAUAUACAAGAUAAUCCAUCCAUUUAAGGGUACAUGUUACCAUUGCAAGAAAUGUCUCAUCAAACAACUGAUUCUGUACAAUUAAAAUUGAAUAAUUUGUUUGCA